AUGAAGUACUUAUCAUGUUGCAGUCUAGAUUUCUUCUUUCACGUAGCCGUUAUCGCGAUGAUCGUGUUGUUUGCAGGUAUGAUGUCUGGACUCACCCUCGGACUCAUGUCAAUGAGUCUUGUGGAACUCGAAGUUCUUGCUAAAUCGGGAAAGCCCAUGGACCGUCUCCGUGCCUCAAAGAUCUUAUCAGUUGUCAAGAGGCAUCAUUUAGUUCUUUGCACUCUCUUGAUCAGCAAUGCUACUGCCAUGGAGGCACUUCCGCUAUUCUUGAACAAGUUGGUCCCGGAAUCAAUCGCGAUUCUUGUUUCAGUGACAUUGAUACUUCUCUUCGGUGAGAUAAUACCGCAGUCUAUCUGCACACGCUACGGUCUGGUGAUCGGUGCAGCCGUGACUCCACUCAUUCGUGUUCUUGUUUGGUUUUGGUUUCCUGUAGCAUAUCCGAUAAGCAAAGUGCUAGAUUGCAUAUUGGGGAAAGGGCACGUGAGUCUUUUCCGGCGAGCCGAAUUGAAGACAUUAGUUGAUUUUCAUGGCAAUAAGGCCGGGAAAGGUGGAAGUUUGUCACAUCACGAGACGACAAUUAUCGGAGGAGCACUUGAACUUACUGCAAAAACAGCAAAGGAUGCCAUGACUCCUCUAUCUGAAACUUUUUCAGUUGAUAUCAACUCCAAACUUAAUAGGAAUUUGAUGAAUCUAAUUAUCGAAAAGGGUUAUAGCAGAGUGCCAGUAUACUAUGAUCAACCAGCAAACAUAAUUGGAGCUCUUCUGGUGAAGAAUCUAAUGACCAUCAACCCAGCAGAUUGUGUGCCAAUAAAGAACAUCACUCUUCGCCUGAUUCCAAGAGUUUCAGACACGAUGCCAUUAUAUGACAUACUAAACGAGUUCCAAAAAGGUCUCAGUCACAUAGCUGCAGUCAUACAACUGCCAAAUCAAACGACAAAGCAGUCAACCACCAAGCGCUCAAGUGAAGUUAGAGUAGAUAUUCUGAACGAAAGCUAUCAAAGCAGCUAUGGAGGUUUAAGAAGCAGAAGAACAUUUAACAAGUUCAAAUCCAUUUCCGGAAGUGGGAAUGUGUCACGUGCCGAAUCCUCUAAAAGCAGAAGGUGGUCGGAUAAAUUCUUGCCGGAGGUUCUUAAUGUAAUCGAGAAUCCAGUUUCUUCUUUCAGACAACAAGGGGAAGUCAUAGGCAUCAUAACAAUGGAAGAUGUUAUGGAGGAGCUUUUAAACGAUGAGAUCUUCGAUGAAACAGAUCAUCAUAACGAAUAACAAGCUGGAGACAGGCUAUAUGCUUACAAAGAAUUGACAGUGAGGAGUAUAAAGACUAUCUUUAUGUCAAUGCUACACUAACAUACAGGAA